CUUCCAGGACCUGCCUCUUCUCACCAAGAUGAACUCCCUGGUCUCUUGGCAGCUGAUGCUCUUCCUUUGUACCACCUCCUUCAGGGAGACAUUAGAAAAGGUGGAGCCCAUGGAGAAUCCUAGAACCACAGGCCCGCGGCUCGGACCCCCGGCUCUCCUGGCCCUCCGGGAGCAGAGCCCGCGGUGUGCGGAGAGGAAGGCCGCCGCCGCCGGGCCGAGCCCUCGGGGAGCCUCGCUGUGCCAGCCUCCCGAGAGCUCCGCGGGGCCCCAGCGGCUGGACCUGUGCGCCCCCCGCAGUCGCCUGAUCCCCGCUCCGCGGGGCGCGGUGCUGGUGCAGCGGGAGAAGGACAUGUCCGCCUACAACUGGAACUCCUUCGGCCUGCGCUACGGCAAGCGGCAGGCGACGCCGCCCGGGAGCCGUGGCCGAGGCGCUGGGCGGGGUUGA